AUGCAGGUUGCUGCAUUCAUUUCUUUUUUUUCUAUUUUUCUUCUUCAUCUGCAAAGCUUUCCUUUUCUAUGGAGUGUUGCCGUUAUUUGCUAUCACAGUUCUUUACUGAGACCUUUACCUGAGAAUUUUCCAGGAUUGUUUAUCACAUUUGAACCUGGUUUGAAGCUAAAACAGACAUUUACUUUUUAUUCUGUUUAUUUUCUUUUGCAUUCUAUUCUUUCUUCAUCCAACAUUUUCUUUCCCUUUUCCUUUUAUUUCUUCAGUUUGAAUUUUCUUUUCCUAUUGUUUUCGUUCCUUGUUUUAUGCCCACCCACUUCUUCUGUCUUUCACUCUCUAUUUAAUUUCUUUGUAUUUCUUCUUCUUUCAUGUUACUUAUAUCAUUCCCUUUGUCUUGUUCUUUUCUUUCGUCAUACACCUCUUUCUUUUUUUUAUUCCCAUCGUUUAUAUAUUUAUUUCUCUUAUUCCUCUUCUUCAUUUUCUUCUUCCAUUUACGUCUUUCGCUUCCAUUUUAUUUAUUUCUCUUCUUGUUUUACUUUCAUUCCACUCACUAUAUCUCUCUCUUUUUCCCUUUAUCUUCAGACCCCACAUUUCAAAUACAUUUCCUCAGUUAUUUCUUCCCCUUUUUACUUCAGUUUUACCUGUCCUUUAUAG